GCUCGGUCCCAGCCCCGCGGCGGUCUCGGCAGGAUGCGGAGCCAGGGCAGGAAGGAGAGUCUGGCCGAGUCCAGGGACCUGGACGGCUCCUACGACCAGCUGACGGGUAACCCGCCCGGCCAAACCAAAAAAGCCCUGAAGCAGCGACUCCUCAGGCUGCUGCCCUGCUGCAGGCCCCAAUCCAUCCCCUCAGUCAGCGAAAACAGCGUGGAGGACGAGUUCGAACUCUCCACCGUUUGCCAUCGCCCUGAGGGGCUGGAGCAGCUGCAGGAACAGACCAAGUUCAGCCGCAAGGAGCUUCAGGUCCUGUACCGGGGCUUCAAGAACGAGUGCCCGACUGGCCUCGUUAACGAAGAGAACUUCAAACAGAUCUACUCCCAGUUCUUCCCGCAGGGAGACUCUGGCACGUACGCCGCUUUCCUCUUCAACGCGUUCGACACCGACCAUGACGGCUCGAUCAGCUUCGAGGACUUCGUGGCUGGCUUGUCCGUGAUUCUCCGAGGCACCAUAGACGACCGGCUCAGCUGGGCCUUCAACCUCUAUGACCUGAACAAAGACGGCUGCAUCACCAAAGAGGAAAUGCUGGACAUCAUGAAAUCCAUCUACGACAUGAUGGGCAAAUACACGUACCCGGCCAUGCAGGAGGAGGCCCCCCGGGAGCACGUAGAGAACUUUUUCCAGAAGAUGGACCGGAAUAAGGACGGGGUGGUCACAAUCGAGGAGUUCAUCGAGUCAUGUCAGAAGGAUGAGAACAUCAUGAGAUCCAUGCAGCUCUUCGACAACGUGAUCUAGCCUCUGCCAGCCCCGCCACCGGGCCAAGCUCCUGCUUCUCUCGUCUCUUCCUCUGAGACCCUCCCGUCCUGGCUGCGCAGCCCCCCUGAAACAGGCUUGACGGCGCUGCAGGGGAAGGAUUUUGGCUCCAGGAGACACGGUGGUGGCACCUACGAUGAAGGGACCUUCCCUUGCCCUGGGGCUAGCUGCGGCUCUCCCUGCCAUGGGGACGUGCUCCUGGGGGCGGAGCGUGGGCACAGCCUGGCAGAAGGCAAGCGCUGUCCCGGGGCACCUGGGCCCAAACGGACCUUCCUACACCCAUAGCGGGGAAGUGGAGCUGCCUGGCUCCAGACAGCACCUGCCCCGUCCUGCUAGGCAUCCACCACGCAGCAAGCAGUUCCUGCACCCCGGUGCCCAGGGAGCCCCACUCUGGAGGAUUCAGAGCUGGCUCCUUCCCUCCCUCGUCUCUGGCCCCAGCUCCAGGAUGCCAUCCAGCAGGGGGGGAGUGGGUCUCGCACCCAACAGUUCCAGGAGCUUUCGGCAAACCUGGGCCAGUCCCCAUCGCCGUUCAUCACAGGGGCUGUUACCCCGCCCGGGAGAUGCACUCUGCUGCUUCCGCCUUCUCCGACGGGGGGUGGGCAGAGGGGCAGUGCCCGGAUGCCCUGGAGGAGGCAGGCAGGCUGGGCGCGUCUUUGCAUGCUCACGGGCUAGUGGCCUGCAUUAGGUGGCGGGAGCAGGAGGCUGGGCUGGUCCGGGAGGUGCCCCGAGAGCCCGGGGCAGGGAGUGGCUGGGGACUGGUCCGGGAAGCCUGUCACCACGAGGCCUCCAUCCCAUCAGGAGCGCUGGGGCAGCGGCUGUCGGGACCGAGCCCGGAGGCGCUGGUCUCGCACCAUGUCCCAGCCGCUCGGGGAGCCGCACCGGGGGUGGGGGUGGCCCCGCGGCUCCUGGCAGAGGGGCUUGGCUGGGAGGCUGGUCAGCAUGGUGGGCACUGAGCCCAGAGGAGCUGUGGGGGAGGUUGCCCAGUUUCUCCAGGACGGCGGGGGGCAGAGGGUGCACCAGGAAUCCAGCUGGCACUUUGUGCCUGGGCGAAACGUUUCCCUUCAAUGAUCUAGCGCACGGGGCCCGGCCCGGCCCGGCCCAGGUUAGCCCCAGGGCUGUCACCGGUGGUGGGGGGAGUGUAUUGGAGAAGCAGAGUCCAGUCCGGGGCUCAUGGCCAGGCUACCUGGCCGGCUUUUCAGUUCCUGGUGCUCUGCUGCUCCCGGGCCCUGCUCGCUGCUGGCUCCAGGGCACAACCUGCUUCUUUCCUGCCUGUGGCUCCCCGCUGCCCCUUCACUCUGGUCAGUCGCAGCAGGUGGCACGUGGCAGGGCCAGUGGGCAACACUCCCUGGAGUGCCAGUGGUUCCGGGGACUCCCCCGCCCGGCUGCUGAGAUCUCCCCCCUCAGCCCUGCCAGCUGCCCCCCAGAUGGAGGAAAGGGCUAGGAACCGGCAGGGUGUCGCUCAGGCAGCUGCUGAGAUCUCACCCCCCCGCCCUGCCAGCUGCAUCCCGGAUGGAGAAAGGGGCUAGGAGCCGGCAGGUUGUCUCUCAGGCAGCUGCCGAGGGCCCUGUGCGCAGGCCGAUGCAGGCGGGUGAUGGGGGUCAGGGGCUGCACAGAGGGUCCCAGAGGAGCCCAGAAGUGAGACACUGCCGUGAGCUGGGCAGACGACUGGGAUUGUGCUGGUUGAGGGGGAAUAGCUCGGCAGCCAGCCAGCCAUCUGCCUUGGGCCGACACGGGGCAGGACAGGCUGGGAGCCAGAGCGAGCCAGGGGGCUUGUGCGCGGCCAGCAUGUGCUCUUCUUAGGCGUCAGCGCAGCCAGCGCUGCCAGGGACAGGCUGGCAGCCUGGUCCCUGGGGUCCCUCUGAUGACAGAGGCAUGUCACUCCCUAGCGCCCUGAGGGCAGUGCAGCCGUCCCUGCGGGCGUCUUAUCACCAGCAGUGGCCAGUGCCUGGGGCUUCAGAGGAAGAUGUGGCCCCAUCUCCUGCCCUGCUCUGCAGAUUAGCUCCAGCCCUGGCUCUGAGACGCCACAGCCCCUUUAAUGCUCUCUGCAGAUGUGGUUCCUGGUCACAGCGAUGGCCUUGUUGGAGCUGUGCUGAGCCAGGUGUC